AUGGCGUCCGCCCAAAAGUCGCAGAAUGAGCUCUAUCAGCUCGAGCUGCUCUCGCUCACAGGCAAGAUUGCCACAGAGCUUCUCAAUCAUACCGGCAUCAAUGAUCGCGUCCUUGCCCAGUUCAUCCUCUCGCUUCACGACUCAGCAAAUUCUUUCGCCGACUUCAAAGCCAAGCUCGCCGAAGUAGGUGCUGAGUUUCCAGACAGCUUCAUCGCCAACCUCGACCGUCUCAUUCUUCGACUGCACCCGAAGCACAAGGAAGCCUCUUCCAUAUCAGCAGCCGCCACCACCAACGGGAAAACAGGCUCCUCUUCACCCAGUUCAAAAGGGAAAGAGAAGGCUACACUUGAAGAUGAGGAAAGAGAACGCAAGGCGCGCAUGUUCCCUGGACUUGCCAUCAAGGACCACGACUGGCAACCGCCUUCGGAGGAGAAGAGCCGCAAUGCAGUCGACGAUUUCAUGAAGGAGUUUGAGGACAUGGCUGGUGGCAAGCCAACAAAGCCUCGCACCAUGCCUGAUUCGCGGUCUCCACCAGCACCAUCGUCUCGGAACGGCAGCAGAUACAGAGACGACGAUGAUGACGACAGUAAUCGUGCAGGAUCUUGGCGUCGAGGGCGAGAUGACCGGCCACCAUCUCAUCUCUCCCCUCCACCGCCCGACGACCGACCACAGCUUUACAAGAUCUACGACGGCAAAGUCAGCAAUAUGCGUGACUUUGGCGCCUUUGUCUGUCUCGAUGGCCUUCGCGGUCGCUUUGAAGGUAUGGUGCAUAUCGGCUCUAUCGCAGUAGGCCCACGUGUCAAUCACCCUUCCGACCUCCUUUCCAGAGGACAAAGAGUCAAAGUCAAGGUCAUGUCUGUCGUCGGCGACCGUAUCGGACUUUCGAUGAAGGAUGUCGAUCAAGCAACAGGUCGAGAUCUGACACCACAUCUGCGUAUCAAGAGCGAAGCAGAGAUGGCAGAAGAGCGCCAGCGUCAUGCUGCGCGUUCGGCUAGUGGUGCCAACAGUGCACCUCUCGGGUCCAGCAGGACUACUGGUCAUGGUGCAGGUAGUGGCAUAACAGUCAACGACGACGGUCGUGGCCGAAGCACCAAGCGACUUACCAGUCCAGAGCGUUGGGAGCUGCGUCAGCUUAUUGCAAGUGGCGUCGCUAAAGCUAGCGACUAUCCUGAGCUCAUGGAGGAGGAUCUUCGCACACCCAACACAAAAGCUGGUGCUGAUGAGGACGACGAAGAGAUUGAUAUCGAAGUCAACGAGAAAGAAGCUCCUUUCUUGAAAGGUCAAACCAGUGCAUCCAUCGAAAUGUCGCCUGUCAAGAUUGUCAAGGCGCCAGACGGUACGCUGAAUCGCGCUGCCAUGGCAGGUGCGACCCUUGCAAAGGAACGCAGAGAACUUAAGAAGCAAGAAGCAGAAGAGGAAGCUGAUGCCGAAGCAGCCGACAUGACCUCAGCUUGGCUCGACCCAAUGGCACAACAAGCCGACCGUCAAUUCGCCCAAGAUCGCAGAGGCAACAUCCUCGGACAAAAAGCACAAGAUCAGCCGGCUUGGAAGAAGGAGACCUUCAACAAAGCAACCACGUUUGGUAGGAUCACCAAUCUCUCGAUGCAGGAGCAACGUCAAAGUUUGCCCAUCUUCAAGCUCCGAGAGCAGCUCGUUCAAGCUAUCCGUGACAACCAGGUGCUUAUCGUCGUAGGUGAUACCGGUUCGGGAAAGACAACACAAAUGACGCAGUACUUGGCCGAGGAGGGCUUCGCAGACCGAGGCAAAAUUGGAUGCACUCAGCCAAGACGUGUGGCGGCAGUCAGUGUCGCCAAGCGUGUGGCAGAGGAGGUGGGAUGCAGAGUAGGGCAAGAGGUUGGCUACACGAUCCGUUUCGAGGAUUGCACGAGUGCGGAGACAAAGAUCAAGUACAUGACUGAUGGUAUGUUGCAGCGAGAAUGUCUGGUUGAUCCAGAUGUUUGCAACUACUCGGUCAUCAUGCUUGACGAGGCGCACGAGCGUACGAUUGCAACAGAUGUGCUGUUCGGUCUGCUGAAGAAGGCGCUCAAGCGAAGACCUGAUCUGAAACUUAUCGUCACUUCGGCGACGCUGGAUGCUGAGAAGUUCUCGACCUACUUCUUCGGCUGUCCCAUCUUCACCAUUCCAGGUCGAACAUAUCCAGUUGAGAUCUUGUAUACCAAGGAACCGGAGCCAGACUAUCUCGAUGCCGCUCUGAUCACUGUUAUGCAGAUCCAUCUCUCGGAACCUACCGGUGAUGUUCUCGUCUUCUUAACGGGUCAGGAAGAGAUCGAUACAAGUUGCGAGAUCCUCUUCGAGCGGAUGAAGGCAUUAGGACCAAGCGUUCCUGAACUGAUCAUCUUGCCAGUCUACUCUGCUUUGCCGUCUGAGAUGCAAACGCGAAUCUUUGAGCCCACACCUGCAGGAUCAAGAAAGGUUAUCUUGGCUACCAACAUUGCGGAGACGAGUAUCACGAUCGAUGGUAUCUACUAUGUGGUUGAUCCAGGAUUCGUCAAGCAGAACGCAUACGAUCCACGACUGGGUAUGGACUCUUUAGUGGUGACGCCCAUCUCACAGGCUCAGGCAAGGCAGCGUGCAGGACGUGCAGGACGUACUGGACCAGGCAAGUGUUACCGACUCUACACUGAGGCAGCAUAUCGAAACGAGAUGCUUGCCAACUCGAUCCCUGAUAUUCAACGUCAGAAUUUGGCAUCGACCAUCUUGGCUCUCAAAGCGAUGGGGAUCAAUGAUUUGGUCAACUUUGACUUUAUGGAUCCACCUCCAGCUCAGACGCUGCUGACUGCUCUCGAGUCGCUCUAUGCACUUUCGGCACUGGAUGACGAGGGGCUGUUGACGAGAUUGGGACGUAAGAUGGCGGAUUUCCCCAUGGAGCCGAUGAUGUCCAAGAUGCUGAUUGCUUCUGUCGACCUGGGUUGCUCAGAAGAGAUGCUUUCGAUUGUUGCCAUGUUGUCUGUGCAAAACAUCUUCUAUCGACCAAAGGACAAACAAACUCAAGCGGACGCCAAGAAAGCCAAGUUCUUCCAACCGGAAGGUGACCAUCUCACCCUACUCAGCGUUUACAAUAGUUGGGCUGCAAGCAAAUUCUCCCUGCCCUGGUGCAUGGAAAAUUUUGUUCAAGCUCGAUCUCUGAAACGUGGGCUGGAUGUUCGCAAACAACUGGUUGGUAUCAUGCAACGUUACAAUCACCACAUUGUUUCUUGCGGUAAGAACUACAACAGAGUACGCAAGGCUAUCUGCUCAGGUUACUUCCGAAAUGCUGCCAAGAAAGAUCCACAGGAGGGUUACAAGAGUUUAGCAGAACCUGCUGGUACUGUGUAUAUUCAUCCUAGCUCUGCCAUGUUCAACAGAGCUCCGGAGUAUUGUGUUUAUCAUGAAGUUGUGUUGACAACAAGGGAGUAUAUGCGAGAGGUUACUGCUAUAGAACCUAAGUGGUUGGUCGAGGUUGCUCCCAGGUUUUUCCGAUCAGCAGACAAAUUGAAUAUUAGUAAGAGGAAGAGACAGGAGAAGAUCGCUCCGCUUUUUGAUAGGUUUGCUAAGCAUCAGGACGAGUGGCGCUUGAGUAAGGUGAAGCGAGUCGGCAAAAGUUCACAGACUUUUGGAUGA